AUGACAAAAAGCAAAAGAAAAAGUAGAUCAGAUUACAACACAAGAAAAAAAGAUCUAAAAGUCAUGGGAGGUUGUAUUAAUGGGGAUGGAGAUAGACUUGAUCAUAAAGAUUGUAAUAGAGACGGAGGUGGCGAUAGUCAUAGUCAUGGACAUGAUCAUAGGGAUAGACAUGGAGGUGGACAUAUUCAUAGUCAUGGUCAUAGAGAUGGAGAUAGUCAUGGAGAUGGAGAUAGUCAUAGUCAUGGUCAUAGAGAUGGAGAUAGUCAUGGACAUAGAGAUGGAGAUAGUCAUGGUCAUGGAGAUGGAGAUAGUCAUGGUCAUAGAGAUGGAGAUAGUCAUGGAGGUGGACAUAGUCAUAGAGAUAGUCAUAGUCAUGGACAUAGAGAUGGAGAUAGUCAUGGACAUGGUCAUAGUCAUAGAGAUAGUCAUGGUCAUAGAGAUGGAGAUAGUCAUGGUCAUAGAGAUGGAGAUAGUCAUAGAGAUAGUCAUGGUCACAGAGAUGGAGAUAGUCAUGGUCAUAGAGAUGGAGAUAGAGAUAGCCGUGGUCAUAGUCAUAGUCAUAGUCAUAGGGAUGGUGAUAGAGAUAGACGUGGUCAUAGUCAUAGUCAUAGUCAUGGUCAUAGAGACCGUCAUAGAGAUGGAGAUGCACAUUGGGAUAGUGAUAGUCAGAGUCAUGGAGAUGAAGAUAGUCAUAGUCAUAGUCAUAGUCAUGGUCAUAGAGACCGUCAUAGAGAUGGAGAUGCACAUUGGGAUAGUGAUGUAAAUGGAGAUGGUGAUGGAAAUGAACAUACUCAUAUCCAAAGUAAUUCCGAAAGCCAGACGCCUAAGGAAUGUCGUCACACAACAUGUAACAAGCUUGGAAAAAGAUACGAUGGUAUCUAUAUGGAUAGGCAUGAGCAAACCAAACACUAUUGUGAAAAUGAAUGUCCACUCAAAGGUUAUUUACAUGUACAAAUAGAGAGUAGAAUUCAAAAGCAAUGUCUGCACAAUAAUUGUAACUCGACUGUGUAUAUAAAGGGUCUCAUUCGUCAUAUGAAAUUAGAACAUCAAUGCAAUAGUGGAGCUUGUGAAGGAUGCACUAAAGUCCGGCAACUGAACAAUAGGAAGAACCCACAAACUCAAACCCAAUCACAAUUGUCAAGUGAAGAAGCACUAGAUAUUCAACAAUCGCCAUCAGCAGAUGAAGAAAAAGAGAAGGAAGACGAUAGGAAUAGUGAUAUAGAUAUGGGUGAGGAUUAUAACAAUGAACAAUAUGAAAGUACAACUAACGGCAUAGAUAUAUCUCCUAAUGAAAGUGACACAGAGACUGAUGAUAGAACCCUAACUAACAAUUUCAUUGGCAUUAGAAGAUUCAAUUGGAGUUCAGUGCUCAGAAGGGUACAAUCUUUAUUUGCCAGAGGGUAUAGUCCCAAUGAUAUUCCAGAUAUGAUUAAUGAAGAUAAUGAAGAAGAAGAUGACGAAGACUAUGACCCAAUGGAAGAUUACAAUGAAAAAGAAGAAGAAGAAGAAGAUGAUGAUGAGCAAGUCAUAGAUGAUCCAUUAGAGUUCAAUGAUAUCAAGUUGCACAUCAAAGAUAUAAAUAAGAUUAAUAGAUUAAAAAUAGUUUUUGAUAAUCUAUAUAAUCAAGAAAAUCAUAGUCUACUUGUACCAGAGCCACAAGAAGUCUCAAAUAAGCUAUUACUUUCUCAAUUGGUUUGUUGUUGGAUUAUCCUAUGUUCACAUAACAAUAUCCAGAGAAGGGAAUAUCCUAUCAUGAUUAAAGAUCAACCUAUCACCCAUAGAGAGAUCAAGAAAUCUGUUAGAUACAUGAAACAGAAAGCCGAAGAAUCAAAUAGUUUUGCUUUAAGUUUUGUUCAGGACUUUGAUUUAGAGUUUAAACUUCUACCAGCAAUAGAUGAUAGUAGUGACGAGGAGGUAUAUGAACUUGGUGGAGGAGAUGGUGACAGCGAACAGGGGAUGAAUAUUGAUGUAGAGGAUUCAGAGCAACAAGAGAAUCAGCAUCCAGAUGAGAAUUCAUCACGAGCAUGUAGGCUUUUCAGAUUCCCAAGAAAUCUUAACAGGUUUAUCAAGAGAUGUGCAACUACAGAUUACCAAAGUAAAAGUCCUGAGGACAAAGAGUUCUACGAAUUGGGUUUUAGAAGUAAAGAUAAAAAGAAAUACCAAUUCUUUAAGAGAAAAUCAGUGAACAUCAAAAUAUCAACAUAUGAUAUUUCAAAGCUGGUAGAAAGACACAACCUCAGCCGUGAGUUGCUGUCCGAUAUCUUGAGCACAUUCCGCAUUCCUUUGAAAGUAACCAAUGUCCAUCAAUAUCAACUUUACCGAAAUUUGAAAAGAAAAAGAGGUGAACAACUAAUUAGAACCUAUCCGCUAAAGGAGGGAUCCUAUAGGCAUGUGUGUGAUGUCAUAAUGUUUGAGCUUGCCAAGCAAAACAUUUUAUCUCAACUUGCAUCGUCCACUAAUGACAAUGGUACCAAAGCAAUACCAGUUAAGAUCACAAUGGAUACUGCAUUGAUGACCCAUACCAGAAAACACCAUUUGCUAUCUGGUGUUGUUGAGGCAGGACUCGAUAAGCUUUUACCAGAUAUCAAGUCUUAUGGAAACAGCCAACAGUUCUUGGUUAGUCAUGGACAUGAAGACUAUGAGACCAUCAAAGAAAACCUUACUCCAUUCUUGGAUGACAUGAAGGCGCUAAGUUUACUUGCCAAAGCAGAUCCAAAGGAGACCAUCCUAUUUCCAGUUAAUCAUUCGAAAAUACCUAUCAAUUUAUGCUUUGGAGGUGACUAUGCUUUUUUGACAACUAUUACUGGCAACAAAGCACUCUACAGCGUAAAGUCAUUUUGGAAAUGUAUCCAUUGCUAUGUUACCAAAGAUCUUCUAUCCAAAUUUAAAGAGUAUACCAAUUGGCCAUUUAGAAACCAAGCUGAUGAAGAGUGGGAAAAGAGGAGUGUGCAAACACACCUACAAUCACCAAAUCAUAGAAAUAAUAACAAUGCUAACAAUAAUAAUAACAACAACAACAACAAUAACAACAAUAACAACAAUAACAACAAUAAUAAUAAUAACAACAAUAAUAAUAAUAAUAAUAAUAAUAAUGACUCUAUAGACGUGAGAGAUGUACACCCAAAAAAUAAAAAUUUAUUGGGUGCUACAGAGCUUCAACCAUUCUGUCCACUCUAUGGUGAAUUCAGCGUACAACUAUACUUUUUGUGCUCAUUGCAUAUGAUAAUGCGAGUUGUACAAAAAGUAUUGAAGCUAUCUUUGGGAUUGCUGUCACCUGAGCCCUCCAUUGAACUUGAGAAUAUCAAUAAGGAAGUAAAAGAGCUAAGGAAGAUUAUCGAUCAAUGUCAGAAAGAGAAUAUUAAAAACGAACAAUUAAUUACAAAGCACACAAACAAUACAACCAAAAUCUCAGAACUUGAAGAAAAGAUAAAACAAAAAAGAGAACUAUUCAAAGAAGCCAACUCUCAAUUGGAAAGAGCAUUAUCCAAACAACUAUCUAUUCAAAAAAUAGAGAAACUCAAUUCUAAAAAUCACUCAACAAAAACUGCAAUUAUAGAGAUUCUAACUCAUUGUAGAAUCAAAGUACCCAAAUCUGCCCAAGAUGAAGAUACAAUAUACGGUAUAUUUAAAUACACAACCAUCACAUACUCGGAUACAAUCGAAAUUAUAAAUAAUUAUCAAUAUAUUUUAUCUUCAAUCAAUAAUUAUAUAUUAAAUUCUAUCAACAACAAAUUUAACAACCAAUCCAGUUCCUCCUCCUCCUCUACAUCUAGGCGUAGAAAUACUGGCAAGUCCACCAGUGACAGUCAUAUUGUUAACAUCAAUGAGUAUAUGGAUCAACAAGAACAAUCACAACAAUCACAAUCACAACAACCACAAUCACAGUCACAACCACUUUCACAAUCACAAUUAAUAUCACAACAUCAAAAUAACAUGCAACAAUUAAAGACUGUUUGGAAUCAAAUGCUAUUUCUCAUAAAGAUCAUACAAGAUGAUAAGAUCACUAUUUCAGAAUCAAGAUAUUUGGAUCUAGGUCGAACAUUUGGACAAGGAUUAGUUAAUCUUUUUGGUAAAGAAUCGAUCACCACAUAUAUACAUGAACUUAUAUAUCAUACUGCAUACUUCUUAAGAGAAUCUAAUGGAUCUCUGGAUCGUCGCUCGGGAUUUUCAAUCGAAAAUAAGCAUCAACCUUUAAAGAAGUAUAUUUUAAAGUCUAGUCAUCGAUUUCAAUCUCCAUUAUUCUUUACUAAUAUCCUAUUAGAUACCUGGAAUCAAAAACCAAGAAGGUCUUUCUAUUCCAACAAUCCUGAUAAACAUCAUAAGUCGAAAGACAAAAAACUGACUGCCUCUGUUGCUAAACUCGACGAAAUCAGUUCUUUUACUUGGUCUCCACUACUUGACAUAUAUAAAAGUGCUAGUCCAUUAGGUGAUACAAUAGCUUAUACCACUGCAACUCGACCAUCAGCAUCAUCAUAA